AUGUGUGACCUUGCUUCUACUCCUUUGUUCACUGUCGCUGUAAUUUCACCCUCCUCGUCCGACAAUGCUAUCAAAACCGUGCAGCGAGCAUAUCGUACAGUGUUUGGCAAACAAAUGUUCCCGCCAGGGACUGACGAAACCAUCUCUUGGUUUGGACAUGGCGUCGUUGAAGAAUUAUGGCAGAUUCUACCCUCUUUGCCCAAUUUGAACUGGGAGAAUGUCCCCAAGUUGACCCCCGAUUAUGCCCACAAAAGUGCCGUCGGUACCCAAUGUCCGAAAAUUUCUCACGAGUUUUUAGGUUCCUUUUCUCCUCCCCUCCCGUAUCUCUCGCGUCAUUCAGGAAAAUUUGGAGCCAUGACACCCGAGAUGUCUUUCUCGAGACUACUCGAGGCCUGA